GCUAUCUCUAUAUGGUUCUUAUUGUGGAAAAAGAAAAGAUCUCACAUCUGGUAGUGUGUGUAGUGUGUAGUAUUGCAUCACAACUAGAGUAGUAUUUAGGAUUAUAUAGCGAAAUACAUCACACCUUCUUCAUAUGCAUGAUGCUCAAAGUGGCUGUACUACUGUUCAAUUAUGUGGAGGUGCUAGACUUUGCGGGGCCUUUCGAAGUGUUCUCAGUUACAGGAAAGAAAGAAGGUAAAGACCUCUUCGAUGUAUAUACUGUAGCAGAAACUAAGACAAUCAGCGCUCGCGGAGGAUUGAGUAUAAAUGUACAUCACACCUUCACAACAUGCCCUCUUCCGGAUAUUCUGAUCGUGCCAGGAGGAGGUGGGUUCCGAAGUGAUGGUACACCAUACGGCACUCGAUUGGAACUGCAUAAUGACAUACUGUUGGAUUUCAUUGUAAAGUGUGCACAGACUUGCACCAAGCUUCUAUCAGUAUGCACUGGUUCGACACUGUUGGCAAAAAGGGGACUACUGGACGGGAAGGUAUCGACAACGCAUCAUCUUUCACUGAACGUGCUGCAGGAAUUAGCACCAACGUCACGUGUAUGUGCAGAUGCACGAGUCGCAGACAACGGUAGGGUAGUGUGUUCAGGUGGUAUCUCAGCGGGGAUUGACAUGUGCUUUUAUGUGAUAACGCAGCUUCACGGUGCAGAGGAGACCGAGAGGACUGCGAAGUACAUGGAGUAUAACUGGCAACCAGAUCAACUUAAGGUCGUUAAGUUUUAGGUCCAAUAAAUGCAACCAGGAAGCAAAAUUAUAGCGAGAGUUGUAUAUACGUCAACGAUCGGGCUAUACCUUACAAAUAAAAUAUUUCCUGU